AUAUUAACUGUAUGAUAUUAAAGGUUAAGUUGCCUUAAUACGUAAGAAUAUUACGAAAUAUAUGUAACAAUUUACAGAAAAAACACAAGCAAUUCUCCGUAAACUUAGUGGUGGGUCCAAAAAACUUAUGAAAAAACAACCUAAUGCUAGAACAAAAAUAAAAUAAAAGAAAACAUAGGGCUGUAUGGCCCCACAAUACAGCCGUGUUCCCACCCUUCACACUUUCUCACUCCAAUCACGACGCGUAAAUUCCUUAACUCGUAAAUUAAACAAUUCUGCCUCACAUAUAAAUACACACUCAAACUUCAACUCUUUUCAUCAUCUCAAACUACCAAUAACCAAUAAAGCAAUAACAUUUUUGUACCAAAAAAGAAUUGCACAAAAGAAAAAAAAACUUCAUCCAUCUUUUAGAGCACCAAGAAAGCAAAACAAAAUGGGCAAGAAGAAGAGUUCAUGUGAAGCAGCGGCUCGCCGAGCAUGGCGACGCCUUCGAAUUAUAUUGUUAUGGGCUCAGGAAGGGGGUUUGCUAAAAUGUAGGCUAAUGGCCGAGUUACGGCACAUGCCUAAGCAGCUCAAGGGACAUUACAAGAAGUCUAAGGAUAUGAUUCAGUAUGGUGAGCGUCAGCUUUCUUUUGACGAGACACCAAUGAUACAAUUUAGGAUGAGCCGACCGUCGUCGUUAAGGUUCAAGAUCCCAUGUAUCUCCCCUGAGGUUACUGAUUUCGACUACGAUUUUAGUAAUGAUGGUAAUGAUUAUGAUGAUGUGAAGUAUAAUGCUUAUGGUGCAAGGAGGAGUUUCCUAGGGAGCAAUGUAGAGGAUUGUCAAGAGGAUGAGAAUGAAGUAUGUGAAGAAGCAGUAGUUUGUGGAGACUCGAGGAUUGACGACAAGGCAGAUGAAUUCAUUGCUCAGUUCUAUGAGCAAAUGAAGCUGCAAAGACAGAUUUCCUAUCAACAGAGGUAUAAUACCAUUAAAGCACAUUGAAAGAACCUAAAUAAUACAGUUCGAAGAUUUGAUUUGUUCUUUCUUCUUGUUAGGAGUUUUUGUACACUGAGGCAUUACGGCAUUUUGUAAAUACCCGAGGCCUCAUUUAGAGGGUUUUGCAGUGAUUUCAUUAAUGAAAAUAGAUAUUCUAUUCAA